UUCGCUUUCCGCGCAUUUUGGAGAUUUCAUCCUUCUUCAUUCGUCAUUUACAACGACCGCCCACACAAGCAGUUUCCCAGAGUACAAGGAGCAGAGGCCAGCGCUGUGCUUUUUCGAACUUUAGCAAAUGGUGCUUUAGCACACUUUAAGACAAUAAAUUUGACCGUUAAACGACAAGAAUGGGAAACUGUUUGGGUGCAACCGCCUCCUACUGCUGCCCAAACUCGAGCUGGGCAACCGCAGGAGGACGCGGUCUUCCAACUCAGCUCACAUUCGACUAUGACGAAAUCGAUGACUUGGAAUUCGAAAACCUUCUCAAUAACCCACAUGGACCUCACGGUGCUUUCGGCAGCCCAAGACAAAGUAGUGCGUUUUGGGAGAGACUGGCCGCACUUUUCAGGUUCCGACGUGAGGGGGUGGUUGGAGCCGAUGGAGUGGGGAGGAUUGUUCCAGGUGCUUUUAGAGCUGGUGGAUAUCAGGCAGUGCCGACAGGCGUUGGGUUUGAUGAACCUGUUGUACGUGAUGACGACUUGGAAGACGACGAGUUUUUACGACAUGAGGAAGACGCAGAGUUGAUGAGUAAUGAACAGAUACGAAGGAUCACAAGUUUUGCUCAAAGCCAGCAGCGCCCAGUAACACGACCACCUCCUUCGACAACCCCUCCAUCAAAGCCAGAAAGACCUGAACCAAAGCAGGCACUGACUCCAAGCAAGCAGCUGGUUGACAUUUCCUCCAAUGAGGAACCUCUCUCCACAGCAUUGUCAGACACACAAGUAACGACUGAUAGCGACAACGCACCACUACGUGCCCCACGCCCAAUGACAACAUUCCAAACCUUCCGCCCAAAAAGACGUGCUAGUGCCGCGGUAUCGGCCGCGGCGAUUUUCAGUUCCUCCGUGGACGGACCAGCAACCGAAGGAGAAGAAGAAGAAGGAUUUGGUCAAUUCCAAACCGCCACACCCCGCCAAGAACUUACUGACCCCCUUCAAGAAUUACCCGCCCCUGAAGUAGUCAAUGAACAACCGAAUCCGAUAUCUGCAUCAGAAACGCUGAAUGUAGAUGAGGAGCCUGCGGAAACAGAAGCUGACGCACCUGGACAGUCAGUUACUGCGGAAAAUACUGAAGAGAAGGAACCUGUACAAACGGAUCCUUUACAGGCGGUAGCAAUGUGAGACGCUACGUGAAAAGAUUGGAUGGAGCUUUUUUUGUAGUUUAUUUUGAGAUGUAGAUAAUUGCCAAAAAAACAAAAGGUUAUGACCUCCUAGCAGAUAGUUGUUCAAGCCACGCUAGUUGCAUACAAUGGGUAACAGGAAUCAACACACAUGUUAAAAAGGCAAAAAUAUACAGAUUACAAUAUUACACGGGUAAAGGGUAUCAG